ACACCUAUGGACAUCUUUUAAACUCUGAAUCAAGUAAACUGGACGUCAAGGGCAGAAUUUGAAGGAGAGGAACACCAUGCUUUGGCAUUGUAACACAGUCAUUCUGGAUAUGAAUGUGUGUGGGGAAGACUGAAUUUACAAGGUCAGAAGUGAACCAAAUACUUCUGUUUGAACAAAAAUGGCGCCAUCAGUAUUCUUGGUCAAUAAGGAUGACAGCUUGGUCUAAGAGGUGGGAGAAUUAUUGAGAGCUGAACAAAGGAUGUGCAACAUCAGAAAAAAAAAAAUCACAAGUCACUGGACGCAUUUAGACUAGCUAAGAGAAGGAACUGAUGGAAAACUGUGGUUUUUAAAUAUGAGUGACUGAAAUAUUGUGGAGCAUUUCAUUAAGAUCAACGUCACUUGUUGACUGGAAACCUAGUUCAGCUUGUGGGGUGCAGGAUGUGCAUUCCUGGUGCACCCAGUUUGAGAACCUCUUCUGCUGCCAUGACAACCAUGCAAGGGACGGAACAGGACACAGGAGUCACUGGUUCCACUGGGUACCAUAUGGGACAGCCCAUAGCUCUGCAUCCGUAUCUGUGGAAAGGCUUGGCAGAGAAGUUCUUGAAGGGGGAGCCCAAGGUGUUGGGUGUUGUACAAAUCGUGAUUGCCCUGAUGAAUUUCAGUUUUGGAGUCAUAACUAUGAGUGUCACAAUAACAUAUCAUGGACAGUAUCCCUUCUCGGUGUACACAUGCUACACAAUCUGGGGGUCAGUGAUGUUUAUUGUUUCGGGGUCUUUAUCGAUUGGAGCAGGGAAAAGAACUACAAAGGGUAUGGUUCGAGGUAGCCUAGGAGUAAAUAUUACAAGCUCCAUCUUUGCUGCAAUAGGGAUCAUAUUCAUGGCAAUCAGCUUGCACAUUUAUUCAUUCCAUCCUUACAUCUGUUACGGUACUAAGAUGCAAGAGGAUUGUGCCAUGGUCGUAUCUAUUAUAACAGGUCUAGAAUUCCUGGUGUUAAUUUUAAGCAUACUGGAGUUCUGCAUUGCUGUGUCCCUGUCUGCUUUUGGAUGCAGAGUCACCUGUUGUAAUCCUGGUGGGGUUGUACUCAUUAUGCCAUCCAAUUCUCACAUGGCAGAAUCAUCACCAUCUGCACCAUUUAUGGACUAUUCGACGCCAGCAAUAGUUCAACAGAAAAACGUUCCGUAACGUCAACAUGAAAGUAAUGCAAGUAGCAUGCUCAGAGAAAGUCCCAGAAUCCAACUUUGAUUUAUAAUAUGUCAAAUUCAAGUCAGGUUUCCAUCCUCCCCACCCCCUCUAUGAACUCAGUAACUCAGAUGAGUGCUUCUUUGUCAAGAAGAACAGUUGUGAAAGGAACAAACCAGAUGUUGAAGACGUCGAUAGCCUUUGGAAGUUUUUCACUCAUAUCUAGAGCUUGAUGUAAUAAGGUGAAACUAGUAAGUGAAAUCUGACAAAGGACUGAACAAAAUGGCUGCAACGAAGCCUCCUUGGAGAAGAUACAUUUAUAACUUUUUUUUUACAGUUUUACUUAUGCUUAUUAGCUGUGUUUCUUUUUUUUUCUCUCCUUUUUUUUCUAUUAGUGAUUUAACAGAAUUUUCCAAAAAUCAAGAUUCCACUGGCAUGAAUUUACGCAAGCAUGCAUGGUUGCGUAAGUGAAGAUUAUAUCCUUUUGCUGUGCUGGAAAAUAUCUCCCAUGUUUUCCAACAGUUUGGAUUUUUCUGACUACUAUGUUCACUUCACCUAGAAUGCCACAUGCCAGGCCCCUAGUUGGUUUUUUUCCUUAUUCCAUGGUAAAGAAGCUAUCCCAUGUACUUAUUUUAACUCUUAUUCUUAAUAAAUAACUUUUAUUGUUUCAGUCACGGGACCCAUGCUUCUUGUUGACCGAAGCAUAAGGUUUUUGUCAUUCUUCCUCUUGAUGAGUUUUUCAUGAUCUUUACAUAUUUUAUUUUACUUGUUACCUGUGUAUAUUUCAUAAUUAUUGGUAACAAUCUGCUAUCUAUAUUUGAUGAUAAAAUUAUAUUUUUCAUUUAUGUUUGGUGUCUUGAAAAUACUUUUAGUCUGUCAUUUUAUCUGAUUUCUUCAUAUUAUUUUAACAUUUUUUUCAUUUUUCAUCUGAAUUUUGCAACAUAUUCAUUUGUAAUUCACUUUUACUUACUUCUUUUGUGACUUUGUAGCUGGCAUGUAUUAGUGUUGUUUAUGAAUAUUUUCAAAUGUUAAAUAGAAAUGUUUGUUUUUCUUUAUAAUAAAGACAUAUUUGUUAGUUCUUAUGCCAAUCAUAGUCUUCUAAAUAUUUUAUCUGUGGGUCAGGGAUAUAGCUCAGUCUCCUAAAACACCAAUUUGCAGGGCUGAGGAUCCAGAGGUGGCAGGUUCAAUCCCUGGUACCUUCUCAUGCAAGAAAUAAGCAAUGCACUGAUCUCCUCUCUUUCCUACUAUCUUUCAAAGAGAAGGAUGAAUAUGGGAUGAUCUCACUCAUAGACAGAAGUUAAGAAAUAACAACAGAAGAGAAAGCACAAAUCAUAAUUUUUACUUUGGACACCGAAGCAGAGGAAUUUGGAGGGUUGGAUAUGGGGUGAGGUUCAGAUCCUGGUGCAGAAUGGGGGAAGAGGACCUAGGUGGAGUAUAAGAAUGCUUUGCAGAAAACUGAAAAAAAAAAAUUACACAUAUACCAACAACUGUAUUUACUGUUCGCUGUAAACCAUUAAUCUCCCCAAUAAAAAAUAAAAAUUUAAAUAA